CCGUUUUGUCUUCCCCAACAAGCCCCCAUGCAAUAUUGCACUUUAUAAAGCACCCACUUUGUUACAUCCGCUUCAUUCAAACGGUGGCAUUUAAUUGUACAACAGUAAGAGGAGUACAGUAAUCUGCUAUAGGCACACCUAUUAUCUUGCUUCCUCAACCUCAGAAAUUAGAAUAGAAACUCAUUGCUUGAAUCUUUCAGUCUGCAGCUAGAAGAAACUCACACAAUGGCUGCAACUUGCUUUGGAAUGCCUACAAUUUCAUCUGUGAGCCCAAUUGCAAGAAGGGCUGAUACUAACCAGAUUUCUAGAAAUUCCAAAUUUGUGUCCCCUUGCAAGAGGGAUGUGAAAUUCAUAGUUAGAAGUUUGGCUGAGGACGAUAAGGUCAAAGAGGUAGCACAACCAGAAGCUUCACCCAAGCCAACUUCUCCCCCAAAGCCCAAGGUGAGCACCAGCUUCUCAGAUGUGCUGGCCUUCAGCGGGCCGGGCCCUGAGAGAAUCAAUGGGCGAUUAGCCAUGAUUGGGUUUGUGGCAGCCAUGGGAGUCGAGCUGUCUAACGGUCAGGACAUUUUUUCUCAGGUAGAAAACGGUGGAUUUCCCUGGUUUUUGGGCACGAGUGUUUUGCUGUCAUUGGCAUCUUUAAUCCCGAUGUUUAGAGGUGUAACGGCCGAGUCAAAAUCUGGGAAUUUGAUGACAUCAGAUGCUGAGCUGUGGAAUGGGAGGUUUGCUAUGUUGGGUUUGGUGGCUCUUGCUUUCACCGAGUUUGUGAAAGGUGGAGCUCUUGUUUGAGUUAGUCUACAGGUGGUAUUGUAAUUUGUAGCUGUCAAUGUGGGUUACUUGUGGAUUUGUUUUAGUAUGUGAAAUCUGUGUAGAAUGUGAACCUGGAAAUUAUUUGGCUCUAGUGGGAAAGUUUAUAUCAUUGUGUUCAAUAUGGUGAGAUUGUUAUCAAGGUUUUGUUAUUAUUCUCACAUAUUGAUUUGAAACUUGCCUGUAUAGACAAUUGGAGUCCUUUUCUUCAGCUUCUUAUGAUUAAUAUGAUCAAUUAAAAUUUGGAGUAAAUUGUAAUCUUAG